CAAGCCGAACGAGCUUCCGGCGAUAACGAAGCGGAGCAAGUCCACCGACUCCAGCCUGCUGUCGUGACUGUCAUGGCUUUCCUCUGCAGAAGUGCGGCGUCACUCCUGAAGUCCUCGAGAGCAGCACCGGCCGUCCUGUGUGCCGCGCGCCACUACAGCUCAGGUGGUCAGUACGAGUACAUUUUGGUGGAAAAGCGAGGCGAGAAGAGUGAUGUGGGUUUCAUCCAGUUGAACCGGCCCAAGGCUCUCAACGCUUUGUGUGACGGGCUGAUGAGGGAGGUGGGACAGGCCCUGGAUGUCUUUGAAGCUGACGGCAAUGUCGGAGCUAUCGUUAUCACCGGCAGUGACAAAGCCUUUGCUGCGGGAGCGGACAUUAAAGAGAUGCAGAAUCGAACUUUCCAGGAGUGUUACGGUGGAAACUUCCUGGCUCACUGGAAUAGAGUGUCCACAGUGAAGAAGCCUGUGAUUGCAGCUGUCAAUGGAUUUGCUCUCGGUGGAGGCUGUGAGCUGGCGAUGAUGUGUGACAUCAUCUACGCUGGAGAGAAGGCGCAGUUUGGCCAACCAGAGAUCCUGUUGGGGACUAUUCCUGGGGCGGGUGGCACCCAGCGGCUGACCCGUGCGGUGGGCAAAUCCCUGGCUAUGGAGAUGGUGCUUACAGGAGACCGAAUUAAUGCACAAAAUGCCAAGGAAUCAGGUUUGGUGAGUAAAAUUUAUCCGGUGGACCAGUUGGUGUCUGAAGCUGUUAAAUGUGGCGAGAAAAUCGCUGCCAACUCCAAACUGGUCUCUGCGAUGGCUAAAGAGGCUGUUAAUGCAGCUUAUGAACUGACUUUGGCUGAGGGUAAUCGCUUGGAAAAGCGCUUAUUCCAUGCUACUUUUGCUACAGAUGAUCGUAGAGAAGGCAUGACUGCAUUUGUUGAGAAGAGGAAGGCCAGUUUCCAGGAUAAUUAGAGCAAAGAGCAGACCAGGAGCUCGACCAAGAACGCAAAGUUCCCGUCAUCAGUGGGUCAUUCCCUUUUCUGCAAUAAGUUGAAUGAUGAGUCCUGAUUGUGGUGGAACAAACAAGAUGUUUGUAUCAGGAUUGGCACUGAGUGAUUGCAAUGAAGCUCGACCUGCUGAGGUUUGAUAUUAAAUACAUGUUCAGUCUGAACACGCUCGCUGGUUUGUAUGUGAGACCUCUGCCAUGUGUAGCGGCUGGAAUUAGUUCUGAUGACUUGUACUGACUUUGCCUUUUCAUUUUCACCAUCAAAUGUGUGUCUGCAUUUUGUAGGCAACUUAUUUCUCUGUACAUUUUACAAAUAAAUCUCUCAAGUGGUUUUCAGUAGAGUAACUGAGCAUGUACAAGCUAUAUCUACACCAUCACUGUGUUUGGGAUAAAAGCAAAGGUAUGUCUUUGUAAACCUUUAAAGUUUCUUGUCACCAAAUAAUCCCAAUUAUGGUUUUCAGUUUAUCAGGCAUGACAUUUAUGUGGUAUAGGCAGUACUGUAGUUUCUGAUAAUACAUACUUUGUAUGUCGAAUAUCCUUGUUAUUUUUUGAAAACUACACUGUAAUUAUGAUUAACAAAUGGGUUGUGGAAAUUAUCUUUUUUGCAGUAUUUUACCUCCCCCGGGCAGAUAAUAACCAAUCCUUUUUACCUGAAAUAUAUUUUUAAAGGGCAAUACAAUCCCAAAGAAUGCAGUUUUCCGCUUGCUAAGAAGUGUUUCCUUCCUUCCUUCUCUAAUAUUAUGUCUUCCAGCUAGACGAAUCAUAAAGUCCUGUUAUUUAAACCACUGUAAA